CUUGAAAUAUGCUGCUCCUGCUGCCACCGCUGUUGCUAUUGCUGCCCACUGACAUCGUUGGCCAGGGGCAGCAGACUAGACAAGAAAUGUAUACCCAGCUAUCCUUGUAAUCUCUUUCCCCAGACCAAUUCUCUCCUCCCCCCGCCUGCGCCUAUCGAGAAAUCAAAGCCAGCUUAGUCGCGUCAACGGCCCUCUGCUCAGAAGAUAGCAACAUCUGUAGCACCACCUCUUUCGAGUCUUUCCUGUGGUAGCUACAGUGAAGGUGGAUGUUGAGCUUACACCAAAGUGUCCCCUCGACCUUCAGCACCAUCUGAAAGGACCAUGAGCGCCACCUUCACCCUGCCUAUUGCAACUGCCGACAACUGCAAGCAUGGGCAUCCUCAUGGUCCUUCCCACUCGCACUCGCACUCCCACUCUCCUCUACAUUCGAAUUCGAGCUUGAACACACGCUCCCAUCAACGAAGUCGGACGGGAAGCCGCCUCACAGCGCCCUUUCCCUUGACACGGAUUCCCUCCGAAUCCAUCAUUGAGCAGAAUGAGGCUGCCAUGAACGUCAACCGCUUACCUCCUGUGAACACCCAUUUUCACGAACAUCGACAUGUCAGCCCUGCUCCGUCCGAAGACUCUUCAGGUACACAGUUUCUGCCAAAGAGAAGGGAUACAGAGAAGACCGCAUACUCGUCGCCGGGCGCAACCAGGCGGCCGACAUUCAACAGGAAUUUCUCUAAACCCACCCAGUUUUUGCUGCACUCGACCGAGAGCUACUCAUUACUACAUGGGAUUCUGGAAGAUGACGAGUCCCGGCGGAUAUUUUAUUUCAUGAUAUUGAACCUCUGCUUUAUGUUGGUCCAGUCAACAUAUGGCAUACUCACGGGUUCUUUGGGCCUGAUCAGUGACAGCAUCCAUAUGUUCUUCGACUGUGUGGCCCUGCUGGUCGGGGUGUGCGCUGCGGUCAUGAGCAAAUGGCCUCCCAGUCUCAAGUUUCCGUACGGGUACGGGAAGAUUGACACCCUGGCAGGGUUGGGUAACGGCAUUUUCUUGAUGCUCAUCAGCAUCGAGAUUGUGUAUGAAGCGAUUGAACGAUUGUUUUCUGGUGCCGAUGUCAGUCGAACUGCGGAGCUCCUAGUGGUCAGCACCAUCGGUUUGUUUGUGAACCUGGUCGGCAUUUUUGCAUUUCAUGGCGCUCACGAUCACGGACAUGGGCAUGGCCAUGAUCAUGGGAGUCACAGCCAUGGUCAUGCCCAUCAUGACCAUGAUCACGAUCAUGAGGGCAAACAUGAUCACAGCCACCACGAAAUGGUCGAAGCUCCCAUGACCGCUUCGGCUUCACCCAUGAAAAACAAACAGGGCGCAGCAAGCGACCAUCACCAUGGCGGAGAGAACAUGCAAGGCAUAUAUCUUCACAUCAUGGCCGACGCCCUUGGCUCUCUGGCGGUCGUGGGAUCGACCCUUCUUGUCCGCUGGACCGGAUGGAGUGGGUUUGAUCCCCUUGCGUCAUGUAUCAUUGCCGUUCUUAUCUUUGCGUCCACCAUCCCUCUGGUCACCACGACGACGAAGACCCUCCUCUUGUCACUCAACUCCGACAUUGAAUACAACCUUCGAGACAUUCUCAGUGGUGUGGCCGAGAUUCGCGGCGUGGUAGGCUACACGGUACCGAAAUUCUGGCUCGAAGAUAUCAAGAAGGAACCCGGUCAUCACCAUCAUGGCCAUGCCCAUACAUCUGACGACCACUCGCAUUCUCACUCUCACUCUCAUAAAGACAGUGACGGCAAGAAGUGUGACGGCGAAAAUUCCGAUCCCACGGUCUUGGGUGUGAUCCACAUCAUCGCCUCGCAGAAUGCAGAUCUAGAAGACGUCAGGGAGCGAGUCUCGAUGUAUUUGCGGCAGCGGAAAAUGGAUGUCGUGGUACAGGUGGAGAGGGACGGCGAGCAACGAUGCUGGUGCGGCGGAGGACAGAAGAGUCCAAAAGCGUGAGCCUUAGGGCCUCAUUGCCGGAUUUUGAUGUGUUUAAUGAUAAUAGUUCACGAACACAGAUUGAUGGGCCAACCUGGGAAUUGUAGGACCACGAAUAGGUAUCGGGCUGCCGAAAGCUGCUAUUGUUUCCGACAAACGCCCAAUCCACGUAUACGAGCUUUUGAUUUGCUUGACGAUACCAGCGUUAAGUCUCUUGCUGGAAUAGUUAACGAGUCCAUAACAUUGUGGCAUCGGUGGCUGGAGGUACGAUGCGUGAACUGAAAUGUGUGAGGGAGUAACAAGAGGCUGUUGUUGGGAGACUGACAGAUUAUGAACUUACAGCUGGAUACCUAGGUAACUGAGACAAUGAAGAUGAAAUUGAAUGCUUCGCCGAUAAA